UAAAGCUAGUGUGAUAACCACAGACAACUUGUUCAAGAUUCUGUUCUUCAUGCAGUCAGCCGCCUUUAUUGCCUUCAUUAUCAAUUUUGCUGGGUAUCCUGGGUUUAUUCGUAAAUAUCCAAGGGUACCCAAUGGUUGUGAAUGUCAACAAAAAGACCCCAAGAAAGUGUACCGGUACCAUGGCGAAGCAUUUGUCCAAACGCGCGGACCUCUGUCCAACUGCACACUAGCAGACGUUGAGAUGAGACCCGGUGUCGUCAUGCUGUCCACGACAAACUUGGGCUUCAUGGACGUAACUCUCAACAUGCUGGAAAGCAUCAAACGAAUAGGAGUCUGUGUGAACACGACCAUCAUAGCAGAGGACCAGAAAUGUUACCGGUAUUUAAGUAAGAGAGCAAAGGCUGACCCAGCUGUACAUGUGGUGUUGACCAACUCCGGAGAGUCCACGAGUAAGGAGAUACUACGCACUCAACGCCGUCAGUACUACGCGCUUUUUAAUAAGCGUCAGAAGUACGUCUUGGAAUUACUUGAGCAGGGAUACGAAGUUUUGUUCAGCGACGCCGAUACUUUCUGGUUCAGAGAUCCUUUUCCCUACUUCAAAGGAGACUUCGAUUUGUCUAUGAUUGAUUCUAGAUCCCCUUAUCCUCUUCGGACUGACAAAUCGAAUCACUGUGCCGGUUUUGUUUAUUUCAAACCUACAAAUGUGUCACUUCAAUUUGUUAAGGCAUGGAUCAAAGCUAUGGCUGACAACGAGAAGUCUGGAAAGCUUGUGGCGGAUCAGGGCGUAAUGAACUUCCUACUUAACACUGAUCAACCCGUGCACGUCAACAUUCAGCCGCUUGACACCAAUAUUUUCCCAUGGGGGCCCAAGUUCUACACGCUCUUGAAGAGAAAAGCCAACUACUCGACUGUUGUGAUGCACGCCGCCAGCAUACGCGGACACGCUGCAAAAGUGGAAAAGUUUAAGAGCUCGAACAUGUGGUUGGUGGGCAACAUAACAGUGAGUGAGGAGUGACAGUUUGAAUAUAGGGAAACAGGUCCAUGGAUCAACGUAAUCAGCAAUGUGUCCGGGCCUUUGAGAGCGGCAGUUACGGACAAUCGUAUACAGUCAUAAUCUUUUAUAUUGAAAACAUCACGUGAUGGUUUUUUUAUCAGUUGCACCCCUUACCUUCACACGGUUCUGUUUUUCGCUUUCAAUGUCGACAUUGGGUAACAAUCUAAAACUGCAAUAGAUUGUUGGGAAGACAUCCAGUUCAAGGAAAAUAUUGGUUUUCACCAGAUAUAUUCCAAAUAUGUUUAUCAUUUUCAAAUUUGCUCCUAGGGCGAUUUUGACAACCGAACGCAACGCGUCGUGUGCUAUUAAUGGGGUAGAUUUUUGUGUCCGUGAAAUUGAAAUCCAUGGACACGUGUACGCAACACACCCCAAAAACGUAUUAUGUGGAAAGGCACCUUUUGGAUGGUGCACGUGCAUCAGUUUAACCGCAAUUGGAUUUAUCCUUCUGGGAACGUGCUGAGGUGUAAGACCGAGGUUGCAAAGACCCUCUUAACCCUGGCCCUUAUGUGGUAAAUUUCAUACUUACUGAAAGCAGUAAAUUUGUUAUUAAAACAUAAAUGUAACCUUUUUUUUUAGAGUUUAAGGGUGCCUAUUUUAAAUUUCUCGUGCUAAGUUAAAGACCUACUUGCACCAUUAGUUUUGAUUUUUUUUUUAAAUCGAAAACAGCGUAUAGUGACCCCCAUGCAUAUUUUUAGCCAAUGUGUGUUGCCAUUCGGACCAAUCCUCAAUGAUAUUAUUGUAACAUUGAAAUUUGUUAUGAUUUAGGAGAUUUUAACAGGCGAAAAAUGUGAAUUGAAGGUGAAAGGAAAACAAACAUACACUUUUUCACCAACUGAAUUGAAAUCCCCAGGCUCUUUGACCUCACAUCCAUGCGUUCACUCGUCACAAAUCAGCUAUACAGCGCAGGGCGCUGGGAAGGGCAUAUACAUAAGGUAUUUUUUGUCGAGAGCUCAUUGGAUGAAGUUCAUUUUUACAUCUGAACACGGGUGGACACUUCCUGUGCAUGACACGUGUUCACUUAAGGAUAUUAGGGCACUAAUAAGUAACCUAAAAUGCUUUGAGCGUUCAAAGCUGUGAGGUAUUUCAUGCGUUGCGUUUGUAAAAGUACUGCUUUGGAUCUCCAUUUUCAGCACUUUAAAAUAAUAAAUUUGGACUGAUGAAAGUUGAAAUGUAACUUUCAAGUCUGCUUGCUUCUGUUUGAGGCUUGGAAAAUAUAGGGAGGAAUUAAAACUGUC